UCAGGAUUAUUGCAGACUAAUUAUAGUUACACCAAUAAGUAAAAUUCACCUUUAGCACAAUAAUCAGCAAUGUUUCGUAUAUUUACUACAACCUGACGCAUGUGAAAGAACUGAGUCUGGAUGUUACCCUCGGGCAUUAAUGAGUGAUUGGGCUGGUCCCCCUAUAAAAAGGAGGCGCGCCCACUGCACUGCUCUGUCUCCAUACACGCCACGAUGAGCUACGGAUCUGAAGUCUUUUCCUCCUCCUCCUACCGAAAGAUUUUCGGGGAUUCUCCCCGUUAUUCGUCCUCUCCAUCCCGGUCAGGGAUAAAUGUAUCCUCCUCACGGGCAGGGUACCGGUCCUCCUCUGUAUCCCGGAGCAACGUCUCAUCCCUGGGCGCGUACAACAGAAAGUCCGGCCGCUCCUAUUCAUCCAUGCCACUGGAAACCUUCGACCUGACACAGAGCAGUGUCCUCAACAAUGAGUUCAAAAUCAUCCGCACCAAUGAGAAGGAGCAAAUGCAGGGUCUUAAUGACCGCUUUGCAAUGUUCAUCGAUAAAGUGCGCAACUUGGAGCAGCAUAACAAAGUGCUGGAAACGGAGUUGACUGCCCUGCGCCAGCGGCAGACCGAGCCGUCCCGCCUGGCCGAUCUUUACCAACAAGAGAUCCGUGAGCUGCGCUCCCAGCUGGAGGAGCUGAACGGGGAGAAGUCCCAGCUCAUCAUCGAGAGGGAUUGUAUCGAAGAUGACCUGCAGAAGCUCAGGGGGAAAUACGAAGAGGAGUACCGUGCCCGGGAGGACGCGGAGGCCACCCUCAAGGCUUUCAAGAAAGAUGUGGAUGAUGCCACCAUGGUGCGCCUGGACCUGGAGAAGAAGGUGGAAUCUCUGCUGGAUGAGAUCAACUUCCUCAGGAAGGUGCACGAAGAGGAGGUGGCCGAGCUGACGGACAUGAUCCAAGCUGCCCAGGUGUCCGUGGAGAUGGAGGUGUCCAAGCCGGACCUCACCUCUGCCCUCAAAGAGAUCCGAGGCCAGUACGAGUCCAUGGCAUCCAAGAACCUGCAGUCCGCCGAGGAAUGGUACAAGACCAAGUUCGCCGACCUGUCCGAACAGGCCACCCGGAGUAACGACGCCAUCCGCGCCAGCAGGGAGGAAGCCAACGAGUUCAGGAGGCAGCUGCAGUCCAAGACCAUCGAGAUAGAGAGUCUGAAGGGAACCAACGAGUCUCUGGAAAAGCAGCUCCGGGAGAUGGAGGAGAGGCACAGUGUGGAGAUCGGAAACUACCAGGACAACAUGGUAGAGCUGGAGAAUGACCUGAGGGCCACUAAGAGUGAGAUGGCUCGUCACCUGAGGGAGUACCAGGAUCUGCUGAAUGUCAAGAUGGCACUGGAUAUUGAAAUUGCAGCCUACAGGAAACUACUUGAGGGAGAGGAAACCCGCAUCGGGACAGGGAUCACCUACCCUGGCUCCGUGAGCGCAAGUGUUGGGCAAGGCUACAACUACCAGGCCCGUAUUUACACCAGCUCUGGCAAGGGCUCCAAGAGCAAGGAUGAGGAGCAGCAGCAGCAGGGCAAGUCUGGAGGCAAGGUGUCCCAGCAUGAGGUUUAUGAGGAGACAGUGAUCACCACCAAGAAGAUGGAGAAGCCGCAAGACCCCAGCGACAUUCCCACCAAUCAGAAAAACUAAGAGUCUGCUGUAAGCUUGUUUUUGACCCCUGAAGCUUCCCUCUACCUUUGCAAACCUAUACCUCUCCUCAUUUCCCAUGCUAAAACAAACCCUGAGCUUUUGCACUUAAGCACUUGUGGGGAUCUAAGAUGAUAGUUUGCCUCUUCACUAUAAGCACAGUAAGAUCAUGGUCUCUGUCUGCACUGUUGUGCAUUGGAUGUCCACAAGUGCGUAGAGUGCAGGUGUUUGUUUUACCUGGGUUUAUCCUUCCCUUUCCCAUUUCUCCCCCCACAUGUGUUCCCCAAAGGAAAUCCAUUAUAACUCUACUGUAACCAUCACUCUUUACAAACCACUCUACAUCUGUGCUCUCUCUGUCUCCCUCACACACUCAACAUCAAACAAUAACAAGCACUUAAGUAGCAUCUCUUAUAGAACUAUGGUCUUUCGAGAUAAAAUACUCAACCGGUCUUAAACACUUUGGUCUGAUGUUACAUCGAUAUGUGAUACUGAAACACGGUAGAUAAUAUCUCCGGUCAUUCACUACUACCACAAGCUGUGAGAUACUCUCAACACAUUCCAAUGGAAGCAUGUGUGUGUGCGUCCACUUAUUCAAUACAUAAAGAUAUUACUAUGGCAGUUUAGUGAGGAAGCACACAGUCUACAGUCAAAGGAAACCAGCCAAAAUCGACCAUAAUAAAUGAUAGUGUCUUGCUGAGCCAUUAGUUCGAGUUCCUAAAAA